AUGGCUCGACUUGUGCUCAUCUUGUCGGUGCUUCGGGCAGCAGGUGCCGAACCUGGAGGAUGCCGUGGAGGAUUUGGCCGACCUGUGCGGGGGAGCCCUUGCAUGAUCUGCCCCGAGGGUACUUACAGCCCAGCAGGGGAGACGCUCUGCCGGAGGUGUUCGGCCGGUACGUGGAGUGAUAUCCGAGGGGUGGCAAAGGCAGAGGAGUGCCAGAAGUGCUCCGCGGGCACCUGGAGCAGUCAGGAAGGUGCAAUCUCACCUGCAGCUUGCCAGCCCUGCCCCAAAGGAAGGUGGAGCAACAGAACAGCCGCGUCUUCCAUCUUCGAGUGCAGCCUUUGCCCAGCGGGAACCUGGAGUGACGAGGAGGGCGCAUCAUCGUUGAAAGUUUGCCGCAAAUGCGCGUCUGGAAAGUGGAGCCCGGUUCUCGGAGCCAUGGCAGAGGAGGCUUGUGUGGACUGCCCAGCUGGCCGCUUCAACUCCAAGGCGGGUGGUGGAAGCCCUGGCGACUGCAUCGCUUGCGCUGCUGGAACUUUCAGUGAAGUCGAGGGUGCAGCCUCUUCCGAGGUUUGCCAGCCCUGUCCAGCAGGGACAUUCAGCCCAGCUCAGGGUGCUUUCUCUGAACAAACCUGCGCAUCGUGUCCAUCGGGCACCUUCAGCACCGCCUUAGGCGCGACGGCUGCGGCGACCUGCAGUGGCUGUCCCACGGGCACCUACAGCAGCGAGGAAGGUGCAUCUUCAUCUAAAACUUGCCUGCAGUGCGGUCCUGGCACAUACCAGCCCAUUACGUCUGCUGCGUCCAGCUCACUCUGCAUCAAGUGUGCCGUGGGCAACUUCUCUUCUGGCAGGGGGGAAUCUACUUGCCACUUCUGUGCCAAAGGCUCCUAUGGUAAUGCCUUUGGCCUGACGCAGUGCCUGGACUGCCCAGCCGGUUCCACCACAGUCAUCUUGGGUGCGAUCCGCGAGGGCAUGUGCAUCAAGCAGUCCCUUGUUGGCUCGAG